AUGAAUCCCAAGAUACUUAUUUUACAGGUUUUUGAACAAAUAUAUAGUUACAAUAUUUUUGUUCAUGAUGAAGCUGAAGAUGAUAAUAAUGAUGGUCAAGUAAGAGAUCAAGCAAAUGUGAUUAAACAUCAACGAUAUGCUACUCGGCUAUAUCUUGGUUUCUUCAUCGGAGUUAGUGGAUUCUGGAAAGCAUGUUAUCAACUUGAUGCUCUUUUCAAAAGUACACUCGACUGUUUAUAUGAUGCUGAUUGUCUCGUACUAUUUUCCGACUAUUUUCCAUCUCUGAAUAAUAUGAAUUUAACAAGUUCUAUUCUAUCUUCAAGUCCAAAAAAUGUUUCUGUCGAGAAUCGCUUAUCUUACCUCUUUGUAGAUGAAUGGUCAACAAAGAUCAACUAUUCAAAAUAUGUAGAAGAUUGUGCUCCCUUAUUUUGCACAUACGCCAUAACAGAUCAAAUCAAUUUUUCAUAUACAAUUACACUCUUACUUAGCUUAUAUGGUGGUCUUGUGAUUAUGCUUCGUUUUAUCGCAGCUUCAGUAGUCAAUAUCGCAGCAAAAACAAAAUUUCGUUUACCAAACAUCAAUGCUGACUUCGCAUAUUUUGUGGAACGUGCUCGUAAAUUCGGUGUAUGGUUAAAACAGUUGAAUUUAUUCAGUGAAGUUGAUUUCAAUGGUCAAUUAAAUGCAAUGUUCACUCAAUUCUAUCAAUCGGCAGUCGUCGAUUUUUACCAUCUUAUCGAUCUUGUACUUCUUAUCACUCAAGUUGAUCAACCUUAUGCGGGAAUUAGAUACGUAUCUGCAUUCAACACUAGGAAUGCAAUUAUUAUAAUUCGAACCAUGAUAAAUGAAACAAACGGCCAUGUAUCGCUGCGGGGUGACUUUCUUUUACCUGGUUUACAAAAUAUCACUUCAUAUUUUCUUUAUGGGGAUUCAUCGGUUAAUCCAGAUAUCUACUGUACUUGUGCUACUGAUCUUAAUUGUCGACAACCAGCACAAUUAUAUGAAUGCCAUAUGACAUACGACGAUGUCUAUUUCGUUCCUGUCUAUGCAGUACCAGAAAAUCCUUACGCACAUUAUGUAGGCAUGCACCAAUUCCAAUUCCAACCAAUUCCAAUACCAAUUCUAGAAUUGGAAUUGGUUGGAAUUGGUAGAAUUGGAAUUGGAAUUGGUUGGAAUUGGUUAGGAUUGGAAUUGGAAUUGGUCGGAAUUGGUUGGAAUUGGAACUGGAAUUGGUCGGAAUUGGUCAAGAAUUGGUUGGAAUUGGAAUUGGUUAGAAUUGGUUGA